UUUGUUCCCGAUUGCGAUAUUGGUUCUGCUGAGCUGUGAUAAGAUUCGAAUCUUAGUUGAUUCUAUGCCUUGCAGCUUAGGUUCUAGUUCUUAGCAAUUUUGGAUCUUUGUUUGAUAGUUAAUAUAAAGUCUGGUACUUUCUUUGUGGGUAGUCCAUAAAAUCCUGAAAAUUUUAUUCAUUUCGUAAGAAGAGUUCUUAAGACUUUCAAAUCUGACACUAGGUUGGUUAGUUUCAUGUGAUAAAUGGAAGGUUUAUUCACACCAUUGCUUCAUUGCUUCACACCAUUGCUUCAUUGCCUUUUUGUUUUGUUUGCAGUUGGAUUUGGUUAUGUAGAUGAUGUAAUGACUUGAGUCACUCACCAUUAUAUUAUUGGCUUUUGAAUUUUUCAGUGUGUUGUGGAUAGUAACUCAUGGGGAAGAAAGCGAAGAAGAAGGCCUCCCGAUCCCCAACGAAGGAGAAUCACUCCAAGAAGGUCUCUGAACAGCCUAGUGAGACCGGGGAAAUAGCUGAGGGAGAUGCAGUUCAAGCAGUCAAGGAGAAACAAGCUUGUGUUCAUUUCGGUAAGGGUGUUAAUUUGGAUAAAAUGUUGGAGAGGAUCAAGUCUUCCCCGCAGAUUAAGUGUCAAGAAUGCAAGGAAGGGGUGAGAGGAGCUAAAGCAAAGGGUAAUAAGGGGAAACAUGCUUUUUCUUCUUCUGCUGCUGCUGAGCCAAAAGCUGACAAAAAGGCUAUUUGGGUUUGUUUGGAAUGUGGGGCUUUUGUCUGUGGAGGUGUUGGUCUGCCAACCGGAGCGCAGAGUCAUGUUGUCAGGCACAUUAGAUUGACUCGCCACCGGUUGAUGAUUCAAUGGGAAAACCCUCAGUUAAGAUGGUGCUUUCCGUGCCAGUCGUUGCUCCCUGUUGAAAAAGAAGAGAACGGUGAGAAGAAAGAUGUGUUGGUGGAGGUUGUAAAACUGAUGAAAGAGCGGUCUUUGAACAGUUUAGCUCCAUCUGAUGCCGAAGAGCAGAGCUCAGGAAGUGGCAGUAUCACUAGUGACAUCAAAUUACAAGGUGCUGCUGUGACCAGUAGUGGUAUAGAAGCAAGAGAUGGUUACGUUGUGCGAGGGUUAGUUAACCUUGGGAACACAUGUUUCUUUAACUCGAUAAUGCAGAAUCUUCUUUCCUUGGAUCAGUUACGUGAUCACUUUUUAAAGGAGGAUGCGUCUGGUAUCGUUGGGUCACUUGCUUCUUCCCUCAGAAAAUUAUUUACCGAAACGAAACCAGAAGCAGGGUUAAAGAGUGUGAUAAACCCUAGAGUCUUUUUUGGGUCUUUCUGUGUUAAGGCACCACAGUUUAGAGGAUACGACCAGCAUGACAGUCACGAGCUGCUACGCUGUUUGCUAGAUUCCUUGAGCACCGAAGAAUCAGCAUUGAGAAAGAAGCGUGGUGUUUCUGAUAACGAUGAGAAAUCUACUACUCUCAUAGAAUCUGUAUUCGGAGGCGAAACGUCUAGCAUCGUUUCUUGCAUUGAGUGUGGGCAUUCAUCAAAAGUCUAUGAGCCGUUCUUGGAUCUCUCUUUACCCGUACCGUUCAAGAAAACCCCUCCUAAAAAGCUGCAAACCGUUUCUCUAGCAAAGAAAGCUAAGCUUCCACCAAAAAGAGUCACUAAGCAUGCGUCAAAGGUGAGUGAAGUUUCAAAAGUCCUCCCAGCUAAGGCUCUGUCGGAUCUGAAAUCUCCCGGAAAAGCUGCGGUUGUCACAGGUGAUUCAGAUGCAUCCUCUUCCAGUGUAGCGCCAAUUGAUAAUGGUACGGUCUCAGAGACUCAUUCUGUUGAUAAGCAGGCCUCAGAAAGUGUAACACAAUGUGAUACUGUUUUCGAUAGCUUCUGGUUGGAUAUUAUUGGACCAGAACCCCUUGGAGAUGAGACGAAUGUGGAUACGGAAGAUAAUGUUAGUGACAAAAUCACAACUACUGAGGCUAAUCAAAUUCUUCCAGGUCCAAAUAUUCCUUCCAAUGCCUCAAUUUCGUUGGCUGAUCAGACUUUGGAAGGUAACGCAGAGAGGCUGAUGCAAGAUAAUGACGAAUCUGCAAAGGCAGAAACCAUCUUGGAUGAAAAAGAUGUACAAGCUACGCAGCCUGAUGAAUGCACGGCUACGAGCGGUGUUUCUACUGAAAUCAAUCAAGCUAGUUGCACUGGUGGUGAUCCUGGUUUAGGUGAAAGUUCUUCCUCGGUGAAUCCUUGGGAUGAGGAAGAGCUUCCUCUGAUGGUAGCAGACUCGCAAGUUCUGUACAUGCCAUACAAAGAAAACAUAUCCUACGAUGAUAAACCAGGCGAGGGUGAGGCAUCAUCAUCGUCAUUUGUUGCUGGUGAUCAUGAACCGCAAGACAAUGAUUUUGUUGGUUUAGGCGGUUUAUUUGAUGAGCCUGAGGUUACUGAAGGGCCUGUUGUUUUUGGACCUCCUUGUAAGGCUGAAGCUUCUUCGGGAGGUGUUGGUUUUAUGGCGUUCAGCAGCGAGUCUGAUCCUGAAGAAAUCGAUGACUCGGAUUCACCUGUGUCUGUAGAGAGGUGCUUGGCUCAUUUCACUAAGCCUGAGGUUUUGUCGGACGACAACGCUUGGAACUGCGAGAACUGCUCAAAGAACCUGAAACUCCAACGGUUGAGGGAAAAGAGAAACUCCAAGAAAGAAGAUUCGAGAUCAAGCAACAAUACCAGCAAUGGAUGGGUGAGUGAAAUUGAAGAUGGAGAAGCCGAUGGUUCUGCUGUGAAGCAAGAUCCAAGUGAUGGUUCUAGUAAUGUCAAUGAUAAUGGAAGAGAAGCUAUGAGUUCUAACUCAGCUAACGACAGUGAAUCCGAUGGAAGUCAAGACGAAGGCGGCGAAGACUCUGAGAAAGUGAUAACAGUGAAAAGAGAUGCAACUAAAAGAGUACUUAUAAACAAACUUCCACCUGUCUUAACCAUUCAUCUAAAGCGAUUCAGCCAAGACCUGCGUGGUAGGCUAAGUAAGUUAAAUGGUCAUGUUGCUUUCAAAGAAGUCAUCGAUCUUCGACAGUAUAUGGACUCAAGGUGCAGCGGAGAAGCUCCGCCAGUUUAUAGAUUGGCGGGAUUGGUGGAGCAUUCAGGGACGAUGAGAGGAGGUCACUAUGUGGCCUAUGUUAGAGGAGGAGGUCAGAAAGGAAAAGAGAGUGUGUGGUAUAACGUAAGCGAUGCACAUGUCCGUCAGGUUUCGUUGGACAAGGUUAUGCAUUCAGAAGCGUACAUCUUGUUCUACGAACGUUUCUUCACACAAGACUAAGAUUAUUUUUUUUCUUUUGUUAAUUUCCAUUAUACUGAAAAAUGAAAAGAAGAAAAAGGUUUUGAAGAUCACAUUAGAUCAAAUACCCAUUAGUUUUGUUUUUUUUACUACACUGUUAUGGAGUUACCUUACAUAUGUAUUAUCAGAAACAUGUCUGAAAAAUAUAUUGUUUCCAAAUAUUUAUUUCAUAAAAAUAUUUUACUGUGA